GAGAACCCGACAGGAGCACCAUUAUGCAAGCGGCAGUACGUUCAGGUAGACUCAAGGAGACCGAAAUGCUUCUCAAAAAAGGAGCGAGUCCCUAUUCCACCAAUGGCCCGAGCAGAGUUAUACACGAGGUGGGCCUCUCUGCACAAGUGAACGAAAUGGUGCCAUUAUUAAUGAAGUACGGUGUAGAUUGCCAAACUAGGGACGCAUUUGGCUGGAACCUAAUGUUUUACUUGGCAGUGAACUCCGGGACCGAGGACGUGGCCAUCGACCUGGCCAAAGAAUUGAUCGAGAAAGGCGUCUCGCCUUGCGAAAUAAGAAACGAUGUUUCUCAGCCAAUACACAUGUGUAUAUGGAACAACAAACCUCGAUUGCUCAGUCUCUACUUAGACCAUGGAGCCGACGUCAACGCACGCGAAGGUUUUAAUGUAUUCCCAUUGUACACCGCGGUAAACCAUUGUGAUGACCCGGCACUGAUGCUAACUCUGCUCAAACGGGGCGCCAACAUUGAUCUCAAAACUGAUGGUGGCCUUACAGCGUUGCACGGUCUCAUCGUGAACCGAUCCAUUGGCGAGUUGAGUGAAGAAAACUCACUUAAAAAAUUAAAAAUACUUCUGACCCUGGGCGCGGACAUGUUCGCCGUAUCCAACAGUGGCUUAACGCCUUUCGAGUCCAUCCGAAGCCGAGAUAUGGACAAUCCAAGCAUCAAACUGAUACUUAAAACGCUGGCGCUGAAAAGGGCUCGCCUCGAGCCGUCGAAGACGUUGGAAGAAGAAAAGUUCUUCAUCGAGUACCCAGAGCUCUCGACUUACUACAAUAACUGCGUCGAGGAGAUAAACAAGAUGAAAUCAACCAAGUUCAUCUGUAUUGGUACACUUUACGAAAUCUUGACGAAGUGUCCGUGUCAGAUGUUAGGGUCGAUGCGAUACUGCAUAUUCAGGAGCAGAUUCAGUACUUAUGGUAUCAGCGAAUUUCCCCUGUUCGCGGAAGACUUGAGGGAGUCUUUUAAUAAAGCAACAAAUCAUUAUAAUUCUGUGCUGGAUCAGGAAGAUUUGUUGAAUGAGGUUUAUUAUUAUCGUUUAUCUCACUUGAUUGUAAGAAAACUUGCCGUUUAUAAUUUAGACUGCGAAAUAUGUGAAAUUAAAAAAAAUUGUGAACGAGGCUAGACGAGCAAAGGAAAAGACGACUGCACUGUGAAUAGUUUUAAAUGUUAAAUACUCAUUAAGUAUUAAUUAAAUACCGAUAUGUUAUUUAAUUUUGUACACUUGUAAGACAUAAUUACAAUUGUAAAAAAUAAAAUCUUGUACAUUGACAUAAA